AUGUCGUAUCAAAAUGACGAGAUCUUCCAAAAUUUGCCUAACGGAGAAGGAGAUAUUGGGUUAGACGAAUCUAUGGUAAUGAGUAUAGCCUUUGGACGGAAGAAUGUGUUCAACGGGGUUAAAAUUGUAUCCCUCCCGAAGGUCAUAAGACAUCUGCCGAUGGCUCAAAUUUAUGAUGUGUACGAGAAAGAUUGUAAACAUCGUUUGCGUGCAUCCCUAUCCAAAUCAAAUUUCAAGAGUAUUGGCGAUUGA